AUGGGAGACACGUACGAUCCGGCGCAACAUGCGUUCAAGAGCGCAAUACACGAAUUCAAGUCCAACUUGAAGAAUGAGGAGCUGUACCGCCAAAUACUGGAAACCACCUCCAUCGACCAGGUGUAUGAUGCCACAGACAGCCUUCAGAAGGAGCAAGCGAAGAAGGGGCACCUCCGCAACCUGUCCAAGAUUGAUGUCUACCUCAGUCGACUAAGGGAGUAUGCCGGCGUGGUGGAGGUCUUUGUUCAGGUCCAGCCGGACAUACUGGCGCUCAUUUGGGGCCCAAUCAAGCUGAUCCUCCAGUGGGCAAAUGUAUUGAAACAGUCAUUUGAUGCCAUUGUCAACACCCUAGAGGAGAUUGGCAUCCUGCUCCCGGAAUUCACGGAGAUGAGCAGGAUCUUUGAAGACAAUGAUCGGGUCAAAGAAGUCCUCGUUCUCUUCUUCAAGGACAUUCUCGACUUCUAUCUGAUCACACUACAGUUUUUCAGUUCGUCACGGUUGAAGUUUGUUUUCGAAAUGCUCUGGCCAAGUCGCCGCGAGAAGAUCAAAAUGGUCGGCGAUCUCAUCAAGCGACACACACUUCUCAUGCGAAACAAAGUUCGGUUGGAAGAAAUCCGAGAGGCACACAAUUCCAGGCGCCGGGAUCUGGAGCAUUUACAGUUGACUGAGAGGGUUUUCACACAACAGGAAUACAACAGUGUCCGAGUGCAUGUUUCGCCCAGAAGCUACGACGAAGAUCUGUAUCGGUUAUCAGAGAGCAUAUGCCCAAGGACAGGAAGGUGGCUGUUCCAGGACAAAUUUUUCCAGGAGUGGAUAAACUCCACGGCCUCUGUAUUCAAGAUUUUGUGGCUCAAAGGGAUUCCGGGAUCCGGGAAAACGUUUCUUGCCGCUACGAUCAUCAACCACGCCAAGGCACUCAAGUCGAAGGUCUUGGGACAUAAUGCAACACUGUUUGUUUUCCUCAGCUAUAAGGAAUCCCAUACAACCGCCCUUUCAGUCAUCCACUCUUUGAUAUUCCAGCUCACCGAUGACUCUGGAACCCUACAAACAGCGCUUUGCCAAUCCAGCAGGCAAAACAUGAGGAGCAGCCUUGAGGUUGCAGUAGGACUUCUCGAAUCCUUACUCAGAUGUGCUGGGUUCACAUUCAUUGUUGUUGACGGUAUUGACGAGAUCGAAGAGGUGGAACGCGUUGCAUUGUUGAAGCGACUACUACAAAUUCUCAAGAGUUGCGAAGGUUGUCGGAUUCUUCUCAGCAGCCGUCCAGAAUCCGAUAUAACGGCCAUUCUCAAAGAUCAUACUGUCGACAUUGAGGUCAAUAAGAGAAACUCCGGAAGCGUUCAGGCAUACGUCAACAACCGCAUGGCUGAGUGGUUUCAAGUAAAGGCCUUCGAUCCCGAAUUCCAAAGAGGCAUCGAAGGCUCAUUGGCAAAACUCGCACACACUGCAAACGGGAUGUUCCUUUAUGCACGAGUAAUCUUUGCGAUCAUAUGGGAAAUCGACACUCUGGAAGAGCUUCGUAGUUUGCUCAGAUCCCCUCCAGCGACACUGAACGAUGCGUACGGAAGAAUCUUUGACAGGAUCAACCAAUCAACAAACGUCUUGUUGAAGAGCAAAGCUCGAAGAAUAUUAGGGUGGGUAUGUUGCGCUCCAUCGCCUCUUACCAGGCGGGAGAUUGAACACGCCUUGAUUGUCAACUCGGGAGAUAUCGAAGGAGAGGCCAGAGUGGUCUCUGUCCUCGAUGUCGUUCGAGUCUGUGGGCCCAUGGUGGAGGUGGUUGACGACUACGUGCAGUUCGUUCACUUCACAGCCAAGGAGUACAUCCUUCACAACAAGACACUCGAUCACAUCACGCUCCUGGAUGCCACGCUAAGUUUGACUACCUGCUGCAUAACGUAUCUCUGUCAAGCGCAUCACAAUGAAGAGCUGUCAAGGGAAGAUAUCGGCGAAAACCUCCUUUCGGGAGCCUACAGACUCCACGACUUUGCCGCUUUGUUUUGGUUCGAGUUGCUCAAACAGUUUCUUAUCUUGAACAAGACAGACAAGUUGCCAGACGACCUGGUGGACGGCUUAGAGAGUCUCUAUGACGAACGAUAUGAUGCGGGACAUCAGGCCAACGCCGAAAGUCAGGACAUAAAAGCAGAGUUCGAUAUCUUUGGUCCGAAGCUUGCUCCUUUGCAGCAAAUGUUGAACAACGUAUCUGGGUUUCAAAUGACAGUUGCCAAUUCUGACUAUCAUCUUGGCCAAGAGACACGUUGGAUCCACUUGGACCCAUUAACAAAUUCUCGCAUAUCAACCGGCAUCUACGCUCAACUGGAUCGUCUUCUCUGCCCAACAGCCUACCACGAGCGCGGUUGUGCAUGUUCAACCAUCCGGCAAAACUACGGGCCAAGAGUUUUCAAGUGCGGUUUCCUACGCUGCCAGUCACGUCGUCAUGGCUUCAAAACGAGGUCCGAACGAAAUUCUCAUGAGAGGCAUCACGAGCAACCGUGGAAAUGCGAUGUCCCUGGCUGCGAGUACUCGGACACUGGGUUUCUUACGCGCAAAUGGAGAGAUUACCAUCUACAGAGCGACCAUCGGCCGGAAAAGAAAGCAACAGUCGGUGUGCUUGGCGAUCCAGACGAAGAUGAAAUUCAGCCUCUGUUGUUUGAUCUAGUAGGGACUGACAACGUGGAGGCUGUAAGAGCGCUCUUACCCCGAUUCGAGAGUCUUCCAAAUUCAGUGAAAGACGAGUUAUACGUCCAGGCAGCUAUAUCUGGAUCAUCGUCAAUGCUCGAUUUGAUUUGGCCCACUCUGUGGGAACGUGGCAAGGGCAUUAAUGACGACCUCUCUCGCAUAGCGACUUUCAUCGCGGCUAUCAGAGCGGGAAAUUUCAAUUCCUCGACAUGGUUGGUUGCCAAACUCCGAGCUCACGCUUCAUCCCUACAUCAAUGGAGUAGAAUUUAUUAUUGUGGGAGAAUCCUUGCUGCGGUCGUGACUUCUGAAUCGAAGGAAAUGUAUGACAACUGGAAAGCAGCCAUCUUGUCUUGUGCUAUAGAUGGCAUUGAUAACAGGGAAGCAAUGCGAUAUGUGAGCGACUUUACGGGAAGUUUAGUCAACGUUGCAAGCACGACUUGCUCGGUUGACCUGGCACGGACACUCCUGGACGCUGGGGCUGAAGUUGACUUCAGACGGAGCAGCAAGUACCUCACACCGCUACACUGCGCAGCAAGGAAGAGCACAGAAGAGGCAGCUAGGCUUAUGGAGUUCCUCCUCCAUCGCGGGGCCGAUCCCAAUACCUCUUCCAAACACCGCAAGCUUGAGGAUGAGGAAGGAAUAAGGCAAAUUUCAAGGUGGCUGGGCUAUUCUUGGGACGAACUUGUCGAGAAGACAAUGGCGAACCGUAAAGCAACGGAGAAUUGA